AUGUUGUCUACACUUCUCCCCCACGCACCAACAACCCACAUCGACAAACUCCCGCACGACAAAGAGGAAUUACCAGCACCACAGUCUGAGCCUCUGACAGUCGAUGCACUCGUGCGUCACCGCGCAUCGCUAGGCUCAUCACAGCCUGCCGUUUACUACCCACGCACUGGUAUCGAAUAUUCGAAAUUCCCACUACACCAACUCGAUGUCUACGCCUUUCGCGUUGCGAAGAUACUAGCAGAGGUGAUUCCACCUCGGAAGACCUCUUCUGAGACGCCUACAGUUGUCGGACUGUUAGGACCUUCCGACCUGAAUUAUCUCGUUUUACUUCUUGCCUUGACCAAGCUUGGUCAUACCGGCUUGUUCCUCUCCACCAGGAUAUCUGUCGAGGCACAUGUGUCUUUGGUUGAAAGGACCAACGCACAGCAUAUCUUUGUGCACAGUUCUCUGAGAGAUACGGCAAGCAAAGUCCAGGGGCGAGUUCCUAAUCUCCAAAUCCACGACAUACCGAGCGAAAGAAACUACGAUUAUCCAGUUCCAGAUGAUCCCAUCGACACAAACCUACUCCUUCAUCUUGACCCCGAGGUUGAGAAAACACAUGUAGCAUGGAUUAUCCACUCAAGCGGAUCAACGGGACUUCCUAAGCCUAUUUUUCAGACACACCGAGCAGCCAUAAAAAACUAUGCCGGGAAUAUGAACAUGCGGGGUUUCAUCACCCUGCCCUUAUACCACAGCCAUGGCAUCUGUUGUACGUUUCGGACGAUUUAUUCGUGCAAGACUCUUCACCUGUACAACCCUGAUCUACCUCUUACCAGCCAAUACUUGGUCAAAAUUAUGCAGUCACACGAUUUAGAGAUUUUCUAUGGUGUCCCUUAUGCACUCAAGUUGCUUGCCGAAUCAAAGGAAGGAAUUGCGGCACUUGCGAAUCUCAAGGCCGUUAUGUUCGGCGGAUCGUCUUGUCCAGACUCGCUAGGGAAUUUAUUAGUCGAAAAUGGGGUUUACCUCAUCAGUCAUUACGGAUCGACUGAAACGGGCCAAUUGAUGACAUCUUUGCGGCCUCAAGAGGAUAAAAGAUGGGAUUGGCUGCGGCCAUCCGAAACUGUCAAGAAGUUCCUCAGAAUGGAAGAGCGGUUUCCGGGAGUUUAUGAGUCUGUUGUCCUUGAUGGCUGGCCAUCAAAGGUCAUGACAAACCGACCAGAUGGUGCUUACGCCACCAAAGACUUGUUCUUGAAACACCCCGAGAUGGAAGCCUACAAGUACUACUCACGACUAGACGACACGAUUACUCUUGUCAAUGGCGAGAAAGUAAUCCCGCUUGACUUGGAGGGACGAGUCAGACAACUCAGCGUUGUUGCAGACGCUCUCGUUUUCGGUGUAGCCAAAUCGAGCAUUGGAUUGGCAGUUAUCCGUGGCCCAGACGCAGCGUCAAUGACUGACGACCAGGUCAUUGAUGCCAUCUGGCCUGCUGUCGAAGAAGCGCACAAGUCAUUGCCAGCAUAUGGCCAGUUAUCCAAAAGCAUGGUCCGAGUCCUCCCCGCCAAUACCCCCUAUGCUCGCACCGACAAGGGUACCGUCAUCCGCCAGGCUUUCUACCGCGAUUUCAGCGACUUGAUUGAGGCAUGUUACGAAGCUGAAGAUGCGAUGACGGGGACUCUCCUCCUAUCCGAUGAGGAACUGAAGGCGUUCCUUCGAAAGGAGCUUCCCGACAUUGUACCAACCAGAGACCCAGGUGAUUUCACUGAUGAUGCUGAUUUCUUCUCCCUCGGAAUGGAUUCCUUACAAGCGACUCAGUUGCGAUCAUUGCUUGUUAAGUCAAUCGAUACAAAGGGUCAUAAGUUAGGGCUAAAUGUUGCAUUUGAGCAUCCGUCGAUUAGGUCUCUGGCUGGUUAUUUACAUUCGCUCAGCUCGGGUACGUCACAGGCUGAGGUAUCCAUUGAGGAGCAGAUUGAGGCUUUGAUUUCAAAGUAUGGCGAUUUUGACAAACAUGUCCCCCGCCCGAAUGGGCUAAGCGGGAGAUACAUUGUUGUUACUGGAGCUACAGGAUCCCUAGGCGCUCAUGUUGUCGCCAAAUUAACAGCUCUUCCUGACGUUCAGAAAGUUUACUGCUUUGUCCGUGCAGGCUCUCCGAUUGAUGCCUACGGCCGCCUGCUUAGUUCAUUGCGCGCCAGGAGGGUUUAUGAUACACUGUCUACCUCAGCUAAGAAGAAGCUGGUUGCUCUCCCAUCAGAUCUUUCAGAGCCAGAGUUGGGACUUGAAUCCAGUACAUAUAACACCUUAACAUCAGAACUUACGGAUGUCAUCCACUGCGCCUGGUCUGUCAACUUCAACAUCCAUCUAAGCAGUUUCGAAAAAGACAACAUCGCCGGUCUGAAGAACCUCGCAAACCUAUGUCUCAAAGCCCAAAGGCCAGCACCGGCUACAUUAAAUUUCUGCUCAUCCAUCAGCGCCGUCGCACGAACCGCCGAACCCUCAGUCCCCGAAGCCCUCCCUUCGAAACUCGAAUACGUUCAACCCAUGGGCUACGCCCAGUCUAAACUCGUCGCCGAACACCUCUGCAUCAAAGCCGCGCAGCAAACGGGGAUCCAAUCCCGUGUCCUCCGAAUCGGUCAGGUCAUCGGCGACACAGCCCACGGCAUCUGGAACACAACCGAAGCCAUCCCGCUCAUGAUCCAGGCUGCCACUACCAUCGGGGCUCUCCCGAAACUGGACGAAUACCACCGCUGGCUUCCUGUGAAUGCCGUCGCGGGGAUUAUCGCAGAUAUCUCGCUUUCUGCAGAUACUUUCAAAUAUGAUGCAGGUGCCACGGAGACCCAGCCAAUUUUCAACAUCAUUAACUCCAACCCCUUCCAUUGGACGAGGGAACUCCUUCCCUACCUCCACGCCUCCGGUUUAGAGUUCGAGGAAAUUGAGCAGCGCGCCUGGAUAAAGCGGUUGAGGGAAUCGGACCCAGACCCUAUUGCUAACCCGCCCAUUAAAUUGGUUGAUUUCUUUGCGUCAAAGUAUGAUAAUGAUGUCCCCAAGCGGGCCAUCGGCUGGGUGACUGAGAAGACGGCCAGAGCUUCCGGAACGUUUGUUGCUGAGGCGAAGAAAUUGGAUCUGGAGAUGGUGGAAAAGAUGAUCAAGUAUUUCAAGGGCCCUGAGGGAUGGGGGAAAUAA